UUAACAGAGGAUUUAAUGCUGCAGAAAUUCUUGCAAAUUCACAAAACCAACAUGAAGAAGAAAGCAAAGUGUAUUUUUGAGGGCAACAAAGACAAUGACACAGAUCUCGAGACUGUUUACACAGAGCUGUUCAUCACGGAGGGAGAGAUGGAAGAUGUCAAUCAUGAACAUGAGAUUCUGAAGAUUGAUGAAGCUUUCAAGAACAAAAAAACACGGGACAAACCAUUCAAAUGCAAUGAUAUAUUUACUGAACUAAGGAAAAAUAAAGAGGAGAGGAUUGUGCUGACCAAGGGAGUUGCUGGGAUCGGAAAAACUGUCUCUGUGUACAAGUUCAUCCUGGACUGGGCAGAAGGAAACACCAAUCAGGAUAUAGAGUGUGUGUUCCUGCUUCCAUUCAGAGACAUCAACGUGAUUAAAGAUAAAGAGGUCAGUCUCCAUGAGUUUCUGCUGAAAUUUUAUCCUGAACUGAAGGACCUGGAGAAAUCUAAGUUAUAUAAGAAAUGUAAGCUAGCAUUUAUAUUUGAUGGACUUGAUGAGAGUCAACUCCCAUUGAAUUUUAAAAGCGACACACUAAACACUGUUGAGGAAAGAGCAUCUGUAGAUUUGCUGUUUACAAGCCUGGUGAAAAGUAAGCUGCUUCCAUCAGCUCUUGUGUGGGUGACAUCACGACCAGCAGCGGCCAAUCAGAUCCUUCCUCAGUAUGUAGGUUUGUUCACAGAAGUGCGAGGAUUCACUGACAAACAGAAGGAGGAGUACUUCAGAAAGAGAUUCACAGAUGAGACUCAGGCCUCCAGAAUCAUCUCACAUAUUAAGUCGUCUCGUAGUCUCUAUAUCAUGUGCCACAUUCCUGUGUUCUGCUGGAUUGCAGCCACAGUACUUCAGAAUAUUCUCAUCAAGAACAAUACAGAGAACAUCAGCACAACACUCACUGAAAUGUAUAUUCACUUCCUGCGGAUACAGAUGAACAUGAAGAGUCAAAAGUAUGAUGAACAAGAAGAAAGAGAAUAUUCAGAGCACUUAAAAUUAAAUAGAGAGGUGAUUUUGAAGUUAGCCAAGCUAGCGUUUGAACAGCUGAAGAAGGAAAACAUUGUGUUCUAUGAGAAAGAUCUGAAAGAAUGUGGUAUUGAUGUGAGUAAAGACACUGAAUUCACAGGAAUGAUCGCUGAGAUCUUUAAGAUGAAAGAUGGACUUUAUAAGACAAAUGUCUUCUGCUUUGUGCAUCUGAGUGUUCAAGAGUUCCUCGCUGCAGUGCAUGUGUUCAUCUGCUACCUGAACAAGAACAUGCGAGAGCUUCAGUUUUUCUUUGAAGAUUCACAAACUAUAGCCACUCGAAAGCUUCAGUUCUUUAGAAAUGUCAAAUUUCAUGACUUAACAAAGAGGGCCACUGAUAAAGCCAUGAAGAGUAAGAGAGGACAUCUGGACCUGUUCCUGCGGUUUCUGAUGGGUAUUUCACUGGAAUCCAGUCAGAACCUGCUCAAAGGUCUGAUCACACACACUAAAGACACCAGUGAGAGCAUCAGAAAAACAACUGAACACAUUAAAGAAUUACAAAAACAGGACAUCUCAGAUGAAACUUUAGUCAACCUAUUCUACUGCUUACUUGAGCUCAAAGAUCGUUCAAAAUAUGAAGAAAUCCAGAGUUAUCUCAGUUCAGAUGAACAUCCAGGAAGAGACCUCUCAUCUUCAAUGUGCACACUGGUGACCUCAGUACUGCUGAUGUCUGAGAAGGUGCUGGAUGAGUUCAGUCCAAAGAGGUUCACGGCGUCAUCUUCAAACUACAAGAGACUCAUUCCAGCUGUGAGGUGCUGCAGAAAAGCCCUAUUUGACGGCUGUGAUCUUGAUGAAACAUGCUGCGAAACUGUGUCUUCUGUGCUACAAUCGUCAAACUCUCAUAUGACAGAGCUGGACCUGAGUAACAAUCACCUGCAGGAUUCAGGAGUGAAGCUGCUUUCUGAUGGACUGAAGAGUUCACACUGCCAACUGAACAUACUGAGGUUUUACAUUCACAUUCACUGAAUCACUAGGUUCAAAUAUGUGGAAGAAUAGGUGUUUCUUAACAAUAGUUAGCAGAUAUUUCAAGUCUAUACUGUAGUACGAUUGUGUCAGUGGCAUUUUCUCCAAGAACACAAUUAUGAUUAUGAGAAUGAAAUAAUACCUACAUUUCUUAAUGACUUCUUAGAACAUUGUUUCAGUGA